CUGACUUAUAGUCUCCCUCUGCUGGAGAGAAAUGUCGCAAGGUUGGGGCCGAAAGCUAGGUUUGCGACCUUAACUCUCGCUUUCCGGCCCCUACCGAGGUGUCUGGCGGCUGGUGGUGGUGGCGAGGCCCGAGGCAGCUUCUGAAAUUUCUGAGCAGCUGUGGUCAGGACAAGAUGGACCCCGUAGUCCUGAGUUACAUGGACAGUCUACUGCGACAAUCAGAUGUCUCACUCUUGGAUCCCCCAAGCUGGCUCAAUGACCAUAUUAUUGGAUUUGCCUUCGAGUACUUUGCCAACAGUCAGUAUCAUGAUUGCUCUGACCAUGUCUGCUUCAUCAGCCCUGAAGUCACCCAGUUCAUCAAGUGCACUUGCAACCCAGCAGAGUUGGCUGUGUUCCUUGAACCCCUGGACCUUCCACACAAGAGAGUUGUAUUUUUAGCCAUCAAUGAUAAUUCUAACCAGGCAGCUGGGGGAACCCACUGGAGUCUAUUGGUUUAUCUUCAAGAAAAAAAUAGCUUUUUUCAUUAUGAUUCCCAUAGCAGGAGCAACUCAGUCCAUGCAAAGCAGGUAGCCCAGAAACUGGAGGCGUUCUUAGGCAGAAAGGAAGUCCAAGUGGCCUUUGUGGAAGAGAAAGCCCCUGCUCAACAAAACAGCUAUGACUGUGGGAUGUAUGUGAUCUGUAACGCUGAAACCUUGUGUCAGAACUACUUCAGGCAUCAGCCAGAAUCACUAUUACAGCUACUCACCCCUACAUACAUCACAAAGAAAAGAGGAGAAUGGAAAGAUCUCAUUGCCAGACUUGCUAAAAAUUAGCUAUUGACGAAUUUGUUGACUUAUCAACUCUCCUCAUUCUGCCUGUCCCAUUUCUUGGAUGGCUGCAGUCUCAGUGCCUAAGGGAAGAUGCCUGGAGAGGGAAACUUAGUAUUCUUAGUUUUUCCUUAAAGUAAAAAAUCACUUCUGUAUUAUUCUAGUAGAAAGUUUUACCGUACUCAUAACUUGAGGGGCCACCAGGGAUGUGGCUCAAUGGUAGAGCACUUGCAAGUAUGAGACCUUGCAAGUGUGAGACCCUAACAUUGAUCCCUGGUACCAUAAAAAUAAAAUAACUCUAACUUGGAGCAAUCAUUAUGCUGUUUCUAAAUGUCCUAAGUUACACCCCAGCCCUUUUUUUAUUACCUUAAAUAACUCCCUUUUGACUUGCUAAUUGGCUAUUCCAAAGGAAAAACAGUAAUCUGUAAGACAGUUCAAGGAAUGUGAACUCUACAGGAAUACACAAAGAAAAUUGUAGAAGAACCAUAAUCUUAAUGCACCACCCACAUAUUGAAAAAGAUCAACUGGCAAGAAGCAGCCUAGGACUUAACCUAAUUCAAGAUCUAAAUAUAAGGGGAAUCAUUUAUUCCAUUCUGUGCUAUGUCUUUGAUUCACCACACAAAGGAUUUCCUGGCUCUCUGUAUACCUUUACAAAUAUUUGAUAAAGAUGAUAUUAGCCAACCUUACCUCUUCUGAUUAAUUUCCAUCAUUUAAGCAAGUGGGGUAUUCUGAAUAACUUCGCUAAAAUAAAUUCCUGUAAUGGA